AUGAGUGUCAUAAUUGGCAAAGACAGGCUGCACUUCCGGAAUCGCUAUAAAACAUGGAUGGCUGCAUUGUUAUUGCCUAUUUUCUACAGUAAUUUCUUUUUCUUUCAGAAUGCUUCAAACAGAUGCGCAGUCCCUGAAGAUUCCGCUCCACAAAUCAGGCAUCAUCAUUGCCAUGAAACGGUCCACGACCCACAGCUGACUUCAUGCUCUUGCCCUUUGUAUGCCUGUAAAUGGGAAGGUCACUUGGAGGUGGUUGUUGCUCAUUUAACACAAACUCAUACCAUAAACAUACUACAUGGAACAGAAAUUGUCUUUCUUGCUACUGAUAUGCACCUUCCUGCACCGGUGGAUUGGAUAAUUGCGCAUUCAUGUCUGGGCCAUCACUUUUUGCUUGUACUCAGAAAACAAGAAAAAUACAAAGGAUACCCACAAUUUUUUGCUACAAUGAUGCUGAUUGGCACGCGGGCACAAGCUGAGAAUUUCAACUACAAACUAGAGUUGAACAGGAACCGCAGAAGACUGACAUGGGAAUCCAGCCCCCGCUCUGUCUUAGACUGUGUUGACUCUAUAAUUACAGAUGGUGAUUGCCUUGUGCUUAAUGCCUCAGUGGCUCAGCUCUUUGCUGAUAAUGGAAGUUUGGCCAUUGGAAUAGCAAUAACUGCAAGUAAACUUUGUGCCACUCAACCUGAAAUGUAAUUUGCCGGACAUCUGUGUUUGGAAAUCCAAACCUAAUUGGCUUUUUACCUUUCCUUGGCUUUCUAGCGCUUGUACAUAGGAAACGGUUGUUCUGACAGAAAUGUGUAAAGCAAUAUUUCUUUUUGAUGUGCUUAGAUUUAGUUUCUGUGAAAACUUUUUUUUGACUCAUCAAGAGCUAUUGACAGUACGAUGUCAUAUAAAGAUACUUGUAUGUUUUCAUGUGUACUGUAUAUUUAUAUGUAUAUAGGUUAAUCUCGAGUUAUAGCUAGAAAUAUCAAUAUCCAGUUAAGCUUGUCUCCCUGCCAUGUUGAUCCAGAGGAAACAACCAACCCCCACCCCCCCCCCCCCCCCCAC